CUCGUGUACCACCCGAACAGCAGUCCGCCGGACCGCCUGCAGUAUGCUCGUCGACCGUCCUUGGGAAAAUGUUCUGUUGUCAUACAGGCAGGCAGGACUGCUUCGGCACUAUAAAGACAGCGGUCCGGAGACGGUGGGGUGUCGUCGUGCUAGAAUGGUAUCAAGUCGUUGCUCGCGAUGGGCGUUCCCUGCUCUCCUUUCGCUCUUGUUGGUCCUGCUUACUUGGCCAAUUACACGGACCACCAGUGCAUUGAGUUUCAGAAAGAACGUGCGGAAGGCACUGCAGGAUGUUGUCACCGCAUCUGAGCCUACUAGGAAGUCGGACAACUACACAGACAUCGUUCAAUGGGAUAACUACACUAUUUUCCUCAAUGACCAAAGGAUGUUUCUACACUCCGGAGAAUUUCAUACUUUUCGACUACCGGUUCCAGACUUAUGGCUGGAUAUCUUUCAGAAAAUGGUUGCUGCGGGUCUGAAUGGUGUCAGCAUUUAUGUUCAUUGGACAUUGACGAAUCCCGCUCCUGGUGUGUUGGACUUCAACGACUGGAGAGCGCUGCAGCCUGUCUUUGAUGCAGCGAAGCAAGCUGGAAUCUUUGUUACACUAAGACCGGGUCCAUAUAUCAAUGCCGAGACAAACGCCGGUGGAAUUGCCCUCUGGGCGACGAGUCUCGUAGCUGGCGAGUUACGCACGAACGCGACCGAUUACAUGGAAGCCUGGAUGCCAUAUGUUAAGGAGGUCGCCGCAAGCGUUGUUCCGAAUCAGGUUACAGGGGGAGGACCCAUCCUCUUGUUGCAGAUAGACAAUGAGUACGAACAAAAUGCCGUUACUGGUGAAUACUUCGUGGAACUUGAGAACACAUACCGCGAAGCCGGUGUUGUCGUGCCAUUGACCUACAAUGACCCCGGUGAGGGCCAGAACUUCAUCAACGGUACAGGCGCCGUAGAUAUAUAUGGCCUGGAUUCGUAUCCUCAGGGGUUCGAUUGCUCCGAUCCGAUAGUCUGGAGCUCGGUCGUCGCAAAUUAUCAUCAGUAUCACGAGGAGACCGACCCUGGUGAGCCGUGGUACAUGCCCGAGUUCCAAGGCGGCUCGUUCGAUCCUUGGGGAGGAACUGGGUACAACAAUUGUGAGAUUUUGACAGGCGUGGACUUCGAGGACGUUUUCUACAAGCAGAAUUGGGCGUCCAACGUGAAGAUGAUCUCAUACUAUAUGGUCUACGGCGGAACUAGCUGGGGAGGUCUUCCGUACCCCGGAGUGUACACAAGCUACGAUUACGGCUCCUCCAUACGCGAGAAUCGCGUGCUCUCUGACAAGUAUGACGAACUCAAGCGUCAGGGACUCUUCCUGAGAAGCUCUCCCGAGUUCCGCAAGACCGACUGGAUAGGCGAUACCGAUACUGGGAUGCCUGGAGUGGUCGUUAACGGGUCGGAGGCAUAUGUGACAUGGUUGCGCAACCCCGACAGUGGUACUGGAUUUUAUAUUGUUCGACAGAGCAACUCUAGCUCCAUGGCGGAUAUCACUUUCCGGAUUUCCGUUCCGACAUCAGAAGGAACUUUAUCUAUCCCGCGGACCAUUGAUUCUAUCGCUAUCAAUGGACGACAGAGCAAAGUCCUAGUAGUAGACUACUCCUACGGCGCAAACUCCAGUGUUCUAUAUUCGACCGCCAGUGUAUUCUUCGCUGGUACAAUCGGCAGUCGUGACGUUCUCUUCCUCUACGGCGACACGGACCAGAGUAACGAAAUAGCACUGACAUUGAAGGGAAGCGGGACCAAGGCCUCAUCAUCUCAAGUCUCCAUCUCCAAUGCAGGGACGGGAGGAUACUCCACCAUCACGCUACUAGCGGGAAUCGAAGGGCUCAUUCCUCUUUAUGAGUCGGAUUCGCAGCUAAUCCUGUACAGCGACCCCGUUACCGCGGCAACUUACUGGGCCCCAGUGAUACCGUCCACGACCGCCACGUCUUUCGAGAACUACUGGCAAUUUGGCUCCAACUCAACCAUCCUCGUCGGUGGUCCAUAUCUUGUGCGCAAUGCUAGCUUAUCAUCCGGGCAUCUCGCCUUGAGAGGGGACCUGAACAAGAGCAUCAUACUGACUGUUGUUGCGCCGGAGGAAGUGACGAGCAUAUCGUGGAAUGGCGUCGAAGUUGAUGCCGUUAACAUCGCAGACGGCAUACUCUCUGGAAAUCUGACCAUCAGUUCGUCGCUGAAAUCGAUCACGGUUCCAUCGCUUGCCGGCUGGCGGUAUGCAGACAGUCUGCCUGAAGUGCUGUCCAACUUCUCUGAUGCAGACUGGAUCAUCGCCAAUCACACCACUACUAACAUUACUCCCGGACCUCUGUAUGGAGAUGGCCGCGUACUCUUUGGUUGUGACUACGGGUUUUGUGAGAAUAUUGUCCUGUGGCGCGGGCAUUUCAACGGUACCGGUUCUGAAACUUCCGCAAAUCUGACUAUCAACGGAGGAGACGCGUUUGCCGGCUCAGUCUGGAUCAAUGACCGCUUCAUCAACUCUACAUGGGACGUAUCGGCUGAGCAGACCACUGCGCUGUACACGUUCCCUGAGGAAUCGGUCCGCAUCGAAGAGGACAACGUGAUCACUGUUAUUCAGGAUGGUAUGGGUAACGACGAAAACCCCGAUGAGAAAUCGCCACGUGGUAUACCUGGCUUCCUGCUGACUGGCGGGAGCUUCACGGAGUGGAAGGUGCAAGGCAAAAUGGGAGGUUAUACGAACUACCCGGACAAGGUCAGAGGGGUCCUGAACGAGGGCGGUCUGUACGGCGAACGUGAGGGAUGGCACCUUCCAGGAUACGAUACGUCGUCUUGGGAGGAACGUGAUCUCUCUGACGGCCUUCCUUCUGGUGGUGCUGGCGUCGGGUUCUUCGUGACCACGUUCGAUUUAUCUAUUCCAGAGGGUACCGAUGUGCUCAUAUCCUUCCAAUUCGACACCAUGGACCAGCCAUACCGUGCGACGCUCUUCGUGAAUGGCUGGAACUACGGAAAGCGCGUUGCCAACAUUGGUCCUCAAAGCAAGUUUCCAGUCCAUCAAGGUCUUCUCGACUAUUCAGGAACAAACACCGUUGCUGUCGCACUGUGGGCGUUGCAGGAUACGGCCGUUUCUCCCACCUUGGAGCUCGUUGUGGAUACAGUGAUUGAGGGAGGCGUGGGAGAAAUUGGCGUGAACAAUCCAGGAUGGUCAGCCCGAGUCAUAGCAUGAACUCAUGUACUAGUAUCGAGGCCGCUUUAGGCCUCAGGCCUAUAGCAGGUUUUUCGACCUCCGAAGUUAACACUGACUAGUUCAGUAUGCCAGUCAUUUGGCCCAUUGGAUAGCGUGCUCGCUUCGCAUACAGUUUGAUUGUAUCAAGUCGCGGGUUCGAUGCUCCCGCAGUGAGCUUGGUCCUUUGGGUAGCGCACUCGCUUCGCAUACAAUUGAAUUCUAUCAAGUCGCGGGUUCGAUGCUCCCAAAGUCGUGGUCUCUGUCGGGUAGUCACCCCAGACAUGGGGCCAUUUUUCUG